GGGGUCGGACUCGCGGAGGCAGUGGCGACCUGGGAAUGCCCUGCAAGUGAUACCCCAUCUUACCCCAACUCCCCGUCACAUGGAUGUUGCGAUGACCUCGGAAUGUCCACCUUGACCCCGCAUCGAAACCGCUGCCACCAUUCUCGGUCAAGUUAGCUCCUCUCCGUCCCGUCUUGGCCCCAGCCAUUCAGCAAGUCUCCCAGUAGCCAGACUGGGGCAGGAAUGCCGUUUUUGGACCUGGCUUGCGAUGCAUCCCAAUUCGAUUCCCGGGGAAGCUGCAGUGGCACGGUACCAAUUCCCACACCACCUCUCUGUCCCACGUCAUAUACCCGCCGCCCCUUCGACGACGAAAGAAAACAAAAUAAAGACCGCAAAUCACGGAGAGUAAAACACGACAAAAAUGGCAGCAGAGCUCGACGUGUCGCUGCUCACGGCGCCCAGGCCCGUGGGGCUGUCGCAGUCCCCGACGUCCGAUGGUUUCAGCGAACGGCAGUGGAAGAUCCUCAUGGCCUUCAUGAACACGGUUAUCCCUGCUAUUCAAUUCCAGAAUCUCCUAACAGAACCUGCAAGUCUCUCGGUUGUUGCUUUGUCGGAAGACGAGUAUUCUAGAACAGUAUCCCAGCUCGCCGUCACCGCUUUGCCACACGUGUCACCCGAAGUGCUCGAGGCAUACCUGGCCGAGAGACCGGCAGACAGCGAAGCCUUCGCCGAGGUGUUGAGGGCCGUACUAUCCCAGGUCCCACAGGCAAAGAGGAAACAGCUCCAGCUGCUUCUUUCUAUCUUGUCAACAUGCGCAGGCAGCCUCAUCCUCACCGGCUACAAGUCGCCCAUCACCCAGCUUCCCGCCGCUGACAGGAUCAAGAUCCUCCAUCGUUGGCGGACGAGUUCGCUCUGGGCCGUGAGAAGUUUGUUCAAAACAAUGACGACGCUGGGCAAGCUGGUAUUCAUGCGCACAAGUGCCACCUUCGACCGAGUGACAGGGUUUCCCUCUGUCCCGCCGUCCUGGAAAGCCACCCCGUCCUACCCCUACGAGUUCUUGCAGUUCCAGCCACCCACGUCUCCCAGCCGCAAGGGGGGCGUCGUGGAGAUCGACACAGACGUUGCCAUUGUCGGCUCUGGGUGCGGCGCAGGCGUGUGCGCGUGGAGGUUAGCCAAGUCUGCGGGGCCUUCAGUGCGGGUGCUGGUCCUCGAGAAAGGGCACCACUUUGACGCCUCUUGCUUUCCCAUGUCACAAAAGUAUGCCCUAUCGAAUCUCUACGAGGCCGGCGGUGUCAUCGAGAGCGACGACGGAUCCAUGACGGUAACGGCGGGCAGCUGCUUUGGCGGCGGCGGCACCGUCAACUGGAGCGCCGGUCUACAGACACAGGACUUUGUGCGCAGCGAGUGGGCCAAAGAGCGGAACCUGCCCUUCUUCGAGAGCCCCGAGUUCCAGGCCAGCCUGGACAUGGUAUGCGAGUCGAUGGGCGUGUUGGCCGACAACCUGAAGCCGAACCACGGCAACCACACACUGCUCGACGGCGCGGCCAAGCUGGGAUACCGGGCCAAGAUCGUCCCCCAGAACUGCGGCAAUACGGAGCACCACGACGGACACUGCACGCUCGGCUGCUGGCACGGCGAGAAGAAGGGCCCGGUCAACGGCUGGUUCCCCGAGGCGGCCAAGAACGGGGUCAAGUUUGCCGAGGGCAUGACGGUGGACAGGGUUCUGUUUGAACAGGUCCGCGGCAAAAAGGUCGCAAAAGGAGUCACUGGCAUGUGGACGGCAAAGGGCAGCAGCGAGAAGAUUAGGGUUGUCGUCAAGGCGAAGAAGGUCAUCGUCAGUGGCGGAUCUCUCUGGAGCCCAAUCGUGCUCAUGAACAGUGGGCUAAAGAACCCACACAUCGGAAAGAACCUGUACCUCCACCCUACAAACUUCGUGGCGGCGGUCUUUGACGAGGAAGUCAAACCGUGGGAAGGCGGCAGCCUCACCUCCGUGGUGGGCAGCUUUGAGAACCUGGACGGCAAAGGCCACGGCGUCAAGCUCGAAGCCAUGUCGAUGAUGCCAAGCUUCUGCAUGCCCUUCCUCCCGUGGGCCUCAGGGCCCGAAUACAAGCUCCUUGCGUCCAAGUACCGGCACAUGAACGUGUUCAUCGCCAUCUGCCGAGACCGCGACACAGGCCACGUAUAUCGGGACCCUGAGGCCGGCGUGCCGCGGAUCGCGUACAGCCCGUCAGAUUUUGACCGCGCCCACAACCUCGCGGGGAUGGUGUCUCUCGCCAAGAUCCUGCGCGCGCAGGGAGCGAGAGAGAUCCACCCAUGCGUCCCGGGCUUCCCGCCUUUCAUUCGUAGCAUAAUAAACCGCACCCACAGUGACGACGCCGUCGACGCCGCCAACGCCGACGCCGACAAAGCCGCCGCGGCCACCUCUACAGCGCACGAGACCGCCGACGACGAUACCGAGAGUGACGACGCAGCGUUCGCCGCGUGGCUCCGCGCGUUCGAAGAGUUCGGCAACAAGCCGCCCGUCACGCCGUUUGCGUCGGCGCACCAGAUGGGCUCGUGCCGCAUGAGCGCGCGCGAGCGCGACGGCGUCGUCGACCCGCGCGGCCGCGUCUGGGGCACCCAGGGGCUGUACGUGGCCGACGCCAGCGUCUUCCCCAGCGCCAGCGGCGUCAACCCCAUGGUCACCGUCAUGGCGGUCGCCGACUGGAUCGCCCGGGGCGUGUGCGAGGACCUCGCGGCUGACGCGGCGGCGGGGCCGAGUUCGAGGCUGUGA